UUUCCUCUCAAGGCCAUGUCAUGGCAUUGCUCAGUGCAUGAAGUGCUGGGUUUGACCCUGCUCUGUGGGUCUCAAGCAAGAUUCCAGCUGUCACAUCCCUUCUUGUGUAUGCCACAGCUUGGAUCCCUCACUUCUCUCAGCCCUCUCUUAUUUUGCAGGAGAAUUCCUGUAGCCCUUGUGUGGGAAGAUGACUGCAGUGAUCACAUGGAAAAUAUUUGUGGCUACUUAAUGAAAUACACCAAUCUUGUCACUGGUUGGCAAUAUCGGUUUUUUGUUUUAAACAAUGAUGCUGGCCUGCUGGAGUACUUUGUGAAUGAGCAGUCUAGACAUCUGAAGCCCAGAGGUACCCUGCAGCUGGCUGGAGCUGUCAUUUCACCCAGCGAUGAAGACUCUCACACCUUUACAGUCAACGCUGCCAGUGGGGAGCAGUAUAAACUAAGAGCUACUGAUGCUAAAGAGCGACAGCACUGGGUUAGCAGGCUACAGAUAUGCACACAGCAUCACACAGAAGCUAUUGGAAAGAACAACCCUCCUCUGAAAUCUCGCAGCUUCUCUCUUGCAUCCCAAGGAAGUGCCAACUCUCCUGGUGUGCAGAGAAGACCCAGUCAAAAUGCAGUUUCCUUCUUCAAUGUUGGACAUCACAGAUUGCCAACGGGAAAAAGAGUUCCCAUUAUGCAGCCAGAUCACCUUGUAGAUGUUAGAGAGAUGAUGUCUCAGGCUGAGGGCCAGCAGAGAGAUUUGAUCAGGAGCAUAGAAUGCCUUCCUGCCUCCGGUCACCUUACAUCCUUGGAUCAGGACCUAUUGAUGCUCAAAGCAACUUCCAUGGCAACCAUGAACUGCUUAAAUGACUGUUUCCAUAUUCUCCAGUUACAACAUGCUUCUCAACAAAAGGGAUCCUUACCAGCAGGAACGACAAUCAGUUGGUUGGAACCGAAGAUCUCCCUGGCAAACCACUUCAAAAAUGGAGCAGCUCAGAAUUUCCCAGCAGAGAUAAACAAGCCAGAAUCUGUCAGAGAAGAGCAGUCCAUUGCAGAGCCCUGCCAGCUAACAAGGGAACCUGAAGAAAUAAAUCCAGAUGAGGAGCUGGAGGAUAUCUGUGAUGAUAAAGAAGAUGAUCUAGGGGCAGUAGAAGAGCAGCGCAGUGUUAUCUUGCAUCUUUUGUCUCAGCUGAAACUUGGCAUGGACUUAACAAGAGUGGUUCUUCCCACUUUCAUUCUAGAGAAGCGGUCGUUGCUGGAGAUGUACGCGGACUUCAUGUCCCACCCCGAUCUCUUCAUCGCCAUCACGAACGGCAGCAGCCCCGAGGAGAGGAUGAUCCGCUUUGUGGAGUAUUACCUCACCUCCUUCCACGAGGGCCGCAAGGGAGCCAUUGCCAAGAAGCCCUACAACCCCAUCAUUGGGGAGACCUUCCACUGCUCCUGGAGGAUGCCCAAGAGCAACGUGGCCACCGAUGCUGGCACCAACUCCUCUGCUCACUCCCCCUCGGAGCAAGUAACUCUGCCUAAAGAUGCGGAAGGCCAAGCUGAGCCGGACUAUUACACGGUGAAAUUCGUAGCUGAGCAAGUGUCCCACCAUCCUCCUGUCUCAGGGUUUUAUGCUGAGUGUGUAGAGAGGAACAUGUGUGUCAAUGCCCACGUCUGGACAAAAAGUAAAUUCCUAGGAAUGUCAAUAGGAGUGACAAUGGUUGGCGAGGGUAUCUUACAUCUCUUGGAACACGGAGAAGAAUAAUUUCACACCAAGCCCUUCUACGGUGGCAAAUUGCAUCGAGUCACAGGUGAAGUGAAGCAGAACAUGACAAACACGGUGGUGUGCAAAGUGCAGGGGGAGUGGAACAGUGUGCUUGAGUUCACCUACAGCAACGGGGAGACCAAAUAUGUGGACUUGACAAAGCUCUUUGUGACAAGAAAACGAGUCCGGCCCCUGGAGAAGCAAGGCCCCUUUGAAUCUAGGAGGCUGUGGCAGCACGUGACAGAGUCUCUGCGGGAUGGAGACAUCGAUAAGGCUACAGAGCACAAGCGAGCCCUGGAAGAACGGCAGAGGAAUGAAGAGAGACUUCGUGCUGAGACAGAAACACCUUGGUGUACUAAAUACUUCCUUAAAGAUGGAGAUGGCUGGGUUUACCAUAAACCCCUCUGGAAAACAGUCUCUGCCGCACAAGCUCAGCAAACGGACAGUAACUAGAAAAAAGCUGCUUUAAGAUGAGUUUUCUGAUUUUCCUCUCCUUUUCCUCUGUCUCUCAGAACACAGUAAUCACACUGAGUGUCCCCUUUUUAUGUAAUUGUGCAAGUUUAAAUGAGCAUAAAGAAAUAAGAGAAAUAAAGAAAUAACUAUACUAGGGCACUUUAAAGCUAUUUUAAAAAAAAAAAAGAAGGUAAAAAUCCAAGUUGUAGAGUCAAACCUGCCAGGUACAUUCAACCAACUUGUUUUUUUUUGUAUGAUCCAAGAGAUUUUAUCUGCAUUGUGUAAGAUUUCUUCUAAGUAGAUCUGAUUGCAAAAGCUGCCUGAGAGAAGAAGGAACCUGUUGGAUUUUAGAGUGACAUAAGAACUCUUUUGGAAUCUGUGUCAAGCUCUUUAAUCACUGAAACCUCCGCAGUACACAAGUAGACAACAGCAACAGAAAAUUGCUGCUUUUAUGCCCAGUAAUUAACCUUCUUGGCAAAAACUGGAAGGGUGUUUGGAAGAUGUGCCUGAAAUCAGUAUUAAGAAACAACUGGAUCAUGACGACCUUUCCUUCAGAGAGAGCGCCUGCAUGCAUUGGAGGAAUAUGGGAUGUACGUAGAGACUACUUUUCUUUUUUAUGGAUUUAUAAAAGCAAUUAGAAGUGUAACCAUGGAGAAAUUUUUCCUCUGAAACGUUUUAAUAUACUUGAAAUAAUUGACUUGAAUUGGAAAAGUAAUUUGAACACUUUUCAACUCUAAUUUUAUUAAAUCUCUUUGAGUGACUGGUUUUUCUCAAGUUAUAUUAUAAUGAGAUCUGGCCUGUUUUUUCUCCUCCAACUUCUCUUCCUGAGGACUAAGGCUCUCAAAAUGAACAGAAAACGUACAGUUUUGUAUUUAAAUUUCUCUGCCCAUCUAAUCGUUUCAGAGAUGAAGUAUCAGUGUUACAAACUGUCCUUUGGGUUGUUUUGUUUUCCUCCUGUGGUGUUGUUCAGAACAAAGCAGUGAAAUGUGACCUUGAAUACAUGGACUGUAGGUCCUGGUUUUUCAUCUUACCAUAAAGAAACCCAAACAAACAUCGAUUAUGCUGAGGACUGGGUAUUGAUUUGAAACACAAUCAGAUAUCAGGAAACUGUAUUCAGGUACAAACAUACCUUUUUUUUUUUUCUCCUUUUUAUAACUAUUUUAUUGAAGUCUAAGAAUUGCUGGCAAUUAAGAAUAGUACUUACUAUGGCUUUCGUUAUUGUUGUAACUACAAGCUACCUUAAUUUUUCCAACAGUGGUGCCUUAAUCUGUUUUUUCUUCUGAUGUAGUCUUCCAGUCAGUGUAUAUAACAUUAUCUGCCACUUCCCAGCCAUAGCAAUGGCUGCACCUGAUCCAGCAUCAUGAGAACUCACAAGUGUGUGAUCUGGUAAGAUGUUUUCCAUAGAGAAGAUGCAAGUGUAAGAAUGCAUCAGAAGGUUUAAAUAACCAUGUUAACUUUCAACACAAACUUUAAAUCAUGCAAAAAAAAAAAAAAUGUUUGGUUUAUGCACAACUGUUUUGAUCCUCUUGUACAUUUUUUUUUUUUGCUGUGAAAUGCACUGAGAUCUCAAUGCAAGUCAUAGUCCGUUUAUGAGAAGUGGGGGGGGGAAUAAUAAAGCUACAAAAUGA